GCUCCCCUCCAUUGCCCCUCUUGAAUGUCGAACGCGCUUCACACGCGCUGCAAUCUCCGAUUUUUUGAUCAAAGAAUACAAAGCGACCGGCUGAAUAUUUGGCACGAACAUGGCGGCGCCAUCUUUGACCGAAGGCCUCUUGACCUUCUGGCACUCUUACCGUCUUCACUUCUUCGUGGCCUUUCUUGCCAUCUUCGUUGUCGCCCGAGUAUACCGUGUUAUCCAACCCAAGUCGAAAACCGCCUCCGCCUCGUCAAUCCCGUCAUCGCCUCGCAGCCAAUCCCCCGGGAAAGCUGAAAAAGAAGUUGGAGACACGAAACCCCAAACCACAGAGAAGAAGGAUUCCACGGCACCUGUCAGCAAUGAGACGACCACAAAGCCUUCUGGCCCUAAGAGAGUGUCUGGAAAGAAACCGCUGAAAGUUGCCGGACGACGUGGAGGAUCGGACCAAACGCCAUUGUCUUUCAUCCAACCCAUCGUUUUCUACGCCUCGUUGACCGCAACCACUGAAAGAUACGCUCAGAUGUUGAUGGAAGACCUGCGUGCUGCUGCGCAGAAACAGGCCGACCCCGAGAAUCGCGAGCGCGGUAUCCUUCCGCCCAAGCUGGAGGAUUUGUCUUACAUUGACUUCGACGACUACUUCACGACCGCGCCGAAGCCUCCUGCAAACUCCCCGGGAACUCGGUACAUGUACUGCUUGCUGAUUCCUACCUAUAACAUCGAUACGGUUCUCAACACCUUCCUGGGCCACCUGGAGGAGACGCACCACGACUUCCGCAUCGACACCGGCUCGUUGUCGACCUUGGCUGGUUACUCCGUCUUUGGAUUCGGCGACAAGGAAGGCUGGCCCACGGAAGAAGAAGGUUUCUGCUCCCAGGCUAAGGAGCUGGAUCGAUGGAUGGCAAAACUCACCGGUCGGAAACGUGCAUACCCUCUGGGAUUGGGCGACGUGAAGAGCGACGCCGAGUCCGCACUAAAGGAAUGGUCUCAAGGAUUGCAGGACAUCUGUUCGGAUAUUUUGAAAAACGGCAGCCUGGGCGAAGGUGUUCCCGGUAGUGGUGACGCUCUGGAGAGUGACGAGGAGGACGCGGAUGACUCCUCGGACGAAGGCAAGCCCAAGAGCCGGAAGAAGGCCCAGACCGUGGUGGACUUGGAAGACAUCAAAAUGUCCGCGGAUAACCAGGGGGGAUCGGGCGCGCCCAUCCCUGUGGAUUUCACCACCGGUGGCAAACAGCCUGCGCCGACGAGCCAAUCGACUGGCAAAGAAAUGGUUCCCAAGACAUCGCCCACCUACGCCGCCCUGACGAAGCAGGGCUACACGAUUGUUGGCUCUCACUCCGGUGUUAAGAUUUGCCGAUGGACCAAGUCUGCCCUACGUGGCCGCGGUUCGUGCUACAAGUAUUCUUUCUACGGUAUUCGGUCUCACCUGUGCAUGGAGGCGACCCCGUCGCUCUCCUGCAGUAACAAGUGCAUUUUCUGCUGGCGACACGGCACCAACCCCGUCGGAACCACCUGGCGCUGGAAGGUGGACUCCCCCGAGCUGAUUUUUAAUGGAGUCAAAGAAGGUCACUACAAGAAGAUCAAGAUGAUGCGCGGUGUUCCUGGCGUUCGCGCCGAGCGAUUCGCAGAGGCCAUGCGCAUCCGGCACUGCGCGCUCAGUCUCGUCGGCGAGCCCAUCUUCUACCCGCACAUCAACGAGUUUCUCGAGAUGCUGCACGCCGAGCACAUUUCCAGCUUCCUCGUGUGUAACGCUCAACACCCGGACCAGCUCGAGAACCUGAAGCGCGUAACACAACUGUACGUCUCCAUCGACGCCAGCAACCGCGAGAGCCUGCGCAAGAUCGACCGGCCCCUGCAUCGCGAUUUCUGGGAGCGCUUCCAGCGCUGCCUGGACAUCCUGCGCGAGAAGCGCCACGUGCAGCGGACCGUUUUCCGCCUCACGCUGGUCAAGGGCUUCAACGUGGACGACGAAGUGAUCGGCUACGCCAACCUCGUCGAGAAGGCCCUGCCGUGCUUCGUCGAGAUCAAGGGCGUGACGUACUGCGGCACGAGCACGAGCGCCGGAGCCGGCCUCACGAUGCAAAACGUGCCUUUCUACGAAGAAAUCGCAUCCUUCGUGGUGGCGCUCAACAAAGAACUCGAACGCCGGGGUCUGAACUACGGCAUUGCCGCCGAGCACGCGCACAGCUGCUGCGUGCUGAUCGCGUCGGAGCGAUUCCACGUCAACGGCAAGUGGCACUCGCGCAUCGACUACGAACGUUUCUUCCAGCUGCUGGAGAAGGAGAAAGCCGACGGCACCUCCUUCACCCCUGAGGAUUACAUGCGAGAGACCGAGGAAUGGGCUCAGUGGGGUAACGGUGGAUUCGACCCCAAUGACGAGCGAGUGUAUAAGAAAGGUAAAAACAAGGCUAUCCAGCCUACCGAGGCUGAGACUGCAGACUUUUAAAGUAUAGGCCAGAAACCGGAUUUGGUUAUAUGACUAUUA